AUGGAAAAGAAGAGUAGUUACAAAACCGUGUUGCUAGGAGAAUCAUCAGUAGGUAAAUCAAGCAUAGUUUUACGUUUAACAAAAGAUACGUUCCAUGAUAACACAAACACAACCAUAGGUGCCUCUUUUUGCACAUUUGUCGUUAAUAUAAAUGACUUAAAAGGGAAAAGUUAUAAUAGUGGUAGUAACAAUAAUAAUAAUAUAAACACAAAAAGUAAUAGUAAUAGUAAUAAUAAUAAUAGCAAUAGUAACAGUAAUAGUAAUAGUAAUAGUAGUACUAACAAUAAUGACAGAUUUACGUUCAAUGAAGAAAAUUUAAAAAAUAACGAAAGUUUAUAUAAUAUAAAAUUUGAUAUUUGGGAUACAGCGGGACAAGAAAGAUACGCGAGUAUUGUUCCUUUGUACUAUAGGGGCGCAACAUGCGCCAUAGUGGUUUUUGAUAUUAGUAAUUCGAAUAGUUUAGAUAGAGCUAAAACGUGGGUAAAUCAGUUAAAAAUUAGUAGUAAUUAUAUUAUAAUUUUAGUUGCUAAUAAAAUAGAUAAAAAUAAAUUUCAAGUGGAUAUGUUAGAAGUGCAAAAAUAUGCUCAAGAAAAUAAUUUACUUUUUAUUCAAACAAGCGCCAAAACUGGAGCUAACAUAAAAAAUAUUUUCUAUAUGCUUGCGGAAGAAAUAUAUAAGAAUAUUAUAAAUAAUAAUAACACCUUAGACAGUAAAACAAUAAAUAACAACUUAAUAAACCUUGAUAGUGAAAAAUACCCAAAAAAAAACUGCUGCUAA